GUAGCCUCAUGUUGCUUUGUCUUUCAGGGCUCUCGUGUCCAGCCUGCCUUCCAGCCUCGCUGAGCCGGCUGCCCCUAAGAGCGUCCUACCACGGAAGCCUCCCCCAGCACUGACCAUGUCUAUUAUGGACCACAGCCCCACCACGGGUGUGGUCACAGUCAUUGUCAUCCUCAUCGCCAUCGCUGCCCUGGGGGCCUUGAUCCUGGGCUGCUGGUGCUACCUGCGGCUACAGCGCAUCAGCCAGUCAGAGGACGAGGAGAGCAUCGUGGGGGAUGGCGAGACCAAGGAGCCCUUCCUGCUGGUGCAGUACUCAGCCAAGGGACCGUGCGUGGAGAGGAAGGCCAAGCUGACCCCCAGUGGCCCGGAAGUGCAUGGCUGAGCUGAGAUGCACAGGCUCCUAGGCUGUUUGCAGCCAGCCGAGAGGCACAGGAGGGGGAAACCACAGACAUGCUGCCGUUUGAGAGGGGUUGAUACUUGCUGGCAUGGCCUUGCUGGGCUUCGUCAUCGCAUGCACUGACUCCCAGGGUCCCAGCUGUCCUGAGCCAGAACUCUGUGGCCCUGGGCAUCCCUUCAGCCUCCUGGUGGGGCUGCCCAUUGCAGGCAGUGGGCAGGCCUGACCUUGCUGGGGCUCACAGCCCCACAGUGCUUUUGUUACUUGAAUGUUUAGCUGAGCCUGUUUUUGAUGGAGCUACUACUGUAACACAUGAACUCACAAACCUGUGAACUGUAAAUAUGCUUAAGGCUUUUUUGCUGAUUUUUAAAAAUAUCGGAUAGUGCACAUGGGACUGACUAUACUGAUGAGCUGAGUCACGGCUGUGAGGGAAGGGUCUUAGACAUGUAAGGCCGAAGUUGCACUUGGCAGAGGCCUCAUGUAUACGUGUGUAUGUAGAAAAUGUGACAUGUCAGUUUUAUGUUUCAGGGCUGACCAGUUGGGGUGCUUUGGUGAUUUGAUUUCUGCUUGGUUAGCGAUGACUAGAAGAACCGUGCCCCCCCGCCCCACCUCCCUUUCUCUAGGUAGGUUUGGUCUUUAAAUAUCAGUUCCUGGUGAUAGUGGAGUUACUGCAAAGAAGCUACUGCAGCUGCUUGGGAGCCGGUGAAGGACGGGGCAGGCCACGCGUCCUGAGGGCUGCCAAGUGUCCUAGUGGCAGAGCAGUUUUCUUGUCCCUUUGAGCAUGCUGAGCACGCCCCAUCCCCACCACCAUUCAGCAUUACUUAGCAAGCUGCACGGCGCAGGCAGUGGCUACCUUUAUCCGAAACCCAAUGGACCACAAAAGAGAGAAAAUUGUGGUGUGUGUUGGUUGUUUUUAAUAUAUCCUACACUGGAGGGGCGGGAGAGGGGACUUUGAGGUUCCUCACCUCCUUCCCUUUUCACAAACUAGCUUCCUUCCUUCUCAGUUUGCCACCCACCUAUUGGGUACUAGAGAUUUCACUUUCCUUGGCUGGUCACUGAGAAAUAGAGUCCCCUGACCGCUAUAAGAGGAGGUGUGGGUGCGGAGGCAGGUCCUUUCUUGUCUGCAUGUGCACACGGGAGCCUCCCGACGGCACGUGUCAGUGGGCACCGGGGGUAGGGAUCGGUGAGCGUGAGUUUCAGGUUCAGAACUUGAUUUUCAAAAUGGUGAGUUGGUGGCUCCCAGUCAGGCCUCCCACAGCCUGCGCCUCCAAGGUGUCCCCUGUGUACGCUUCAGUGAACUCAAGAUUUUAAAUCUCAGCACUGCAAGCACAUUCUAAACUAUCAUGAUUAAACUAUGACUUUUAUCAGCAUCCUUGGUAAUAAACUGGAGGCCAGCCCUGGCUUAACUUCGGAGCAUGGGACCUUAGCACUUGAGUGGCCUGCCAGCAGCAUGGGCAGGGAGCUCCCAGGGAGCCCUUAGCCACGCCCACUACCCCCCAACCCUUCAGAGCCCUGGCCUCUUGGUCAAGCUGAAGGCAGCUCUUAUGGCCUCAUUAAUGUCUCCUCUAAAAAGCAUGUUAAACUAAUCUUUCUAGAACCCCAAGGAGGGAGCUUAGGGAACAUUUAUUUUAGCAGCAUACGCCUAAAUUGGGAGGGGGGGCGGUCAAACAUGAAGUAAUAGCUUGGGGAGAGGGGGAGGGGUAGCUACUUAGGCAGUUUGAACCUAAGGCAAGAGGAAACAUCUCUGGCCCCCAGCUGGGCAUGGCCAAGCAUGAGUCAGGCUAGGGACCACCGGAGGCCCUGCAGGAUGGGAGGGGGGACACAAGUUCCGAAGGUGCCGACUUGAAGAGCAGGGAGGUCUGCUUUUUAACAAAGGAUGCUCAAGAAAAAUGUGGAAGGUGCAGGGGUGUUUGAUCCAUUCCCCUCGCAUUCCAGAACUUCCAAGCUUUCUACCUCUACUUUCCACAGCCAGCAGCAUACACCCAGGCCACCUGUCUCUCACCUAAGCGACCCAGGAGCACCUGGGACCUGCAUCUUCAGUCUCUGAGCGUGACCCCGUUCAUGACCAUCGCUUGACUGUCAGACUUGCCCUGGGGUUUUUACUGUGCCAGUGAAGUUUUGGUUUUGAUGGAUGAAAUGUCACUUUCUCCUUAGUUUCACUUCUAGAAGUUCUUUAUCCCACUCCCCGGCUGCCAAGGAUGACAUCUUCGCGGCCUGAAUCCAGCAUGGUGGCAAUGCUGGGGAAGGAUGUCAGGCACAGUGGGACACUCUUGGGGGGGUCUCUGGGAAGAAAGUGAAAGUGCCUGUAGAACUGGUGAACAACCACAUAAUAGCUCUCACUGUUCUUAUUUAUCAAUAGCUACUUUUUUUAGUGUAGACAUCAGAGCCACAUACUCCAGUGGCUUAGUAAGUUAUGACCUCUCAUUGAAUUCUUUUUGAAUAGCCCACUGUUGCGUUCAAGUUUUCUGACUAGUCAGUCAAGAAAUGAACCUUUCAUCCUGCAUGUCAUCGCAGACGCAGCAGUAGAAUGGGGAGGGAACUCUUUGACGCUGAGCCACUAAAAUAUGGACUAAUUUUUCAGACAAAUCUUCAAAUGGACUGUGCUACUGUUUUUGUCUCAAAGUUACCAAGUUUGUGCAAUAAGUGGAAGGGAUGUCAUCCCUGUUCAAUAAAAGCUGAAUGACAUUCAAGUUGAUUUUCUAGACCACUGAGAAAAUCUUUAUUUACAAUAAAUUUCAAUAAAAUUUGCAUAAAUAUA